AGCCAAGCGUUCAGUAACGUUUCAAAGCCAGACGCGCUAAGAUUGCUAAUUGCAAAGCUUCGACCAGUCGACGAGCAUCAGAACAUGGAGCACAUUCGAUUUGUUGCCAAAGUCUUUAGAGCCGUGAUCGCCGGCACACUGCUGCUGCUGAUGACCGCCAUUUACCGGGAGGACAACAACUCCGGAUCCCACUACAUCCACCCCAGACACGCCAUGCAGUAGUUCUUCAAUCGUGGUCUACGAAGAUCGAUUCACCCUAGUCCGAUGCAAUCGAAUCGCUCGAAAAUGCGGCAGAAAAACCGGUUGCGUAUCGCCAUAUCAACUAACUGCACAAAUAAUGUUAGGAUUUAGAAACAUAACUAUAUAAAACUCAUCCCCUCGUAACUAAACUAACUUAUGUGCUAUAGAAAUUAGUUCUAGGUUAAAAAUAAAAUAUUAAAUGCAAUGUAUUUAAUGUA